AUGUAUGAUCGUACCAUCCUCCUUCAAUAUGGGUUCAAUGUAAAGAAUACCCUUUUGCAUUUUUACUGUAUUUCUAGGAAAAUGGAAGAUGCACAUAAGUUGUUUGAUGAGUUUCCUCAAGGAAAUGACUUGAUUUCAUGGAAUACUUUGAUGGGUGGUUAUCUUCAUGUGUCUCAGCCUCAAGUGAUUGUAGAUUUGUUUAAGAAAAUGUGUAGGAGCUGUUUUGAAGCUAGUGUUACCACCGUUUUGAACCUUUUGUCUGCCAUUGGUGAUUUAGGAAGUUACCUUGGAGGAGAGUCUCUUCAUGGGUGCUGCAUCAAGACUGGCUUUUGUUUGGAUUUACAUGUGCUUACUGCUUUGAUUGAUAUGUAUGCAAAGAAUGGGAAAAUUGAUUUAGGACGUCGGAUUUUCGAUGGAGAUGCUGUGAAGGAUGUUGUAUUAUGGAAUUGUUUGGUAGAUAAGUACGCAAAAUGUGGCCUGGUUCAAGAAGCAGUAGCUUUGUUGCGGUUGAUGAGACUUGAAAGAAUGAAACCCAAUUCAUCUACCUUGGCAGGACUGCUUUCGGCUUGUGCUGCUUCUGGGUCUGUAAGUGUAGGGAGUUGCAUUAAGGAUUAUGUGGAAGAGGAGAACUUGGUUUUGGAUGCGGUUCUUGGUACAGCUCUGGUUGACAUGUAUGCUAAAUGUGCGUUUUUGGAGAAGGCACUUGCCAUCUUUGAAAGCAUGGAAAGUAAAGAUGUGAAAUCAUGGACAGCCAUGAUUUCGGGUUACGGUGUUCACGGGCAGGCAGGCAAUGCCAUAAGGCUGUUCUAUACAAUGGAGGAGGGUUGCCAACCUAAUGAAGUCACUUUCUUGGCAGUGUUAAGUGCUUGCAGCCAUUUAGGGCUGGUGACAGAGGGAGUUAGAUGUUUUGAGAUAAUGGUUUGCAAGUACGGCUUUGUGCCAAAAGUUGAACACUACGGUUGUAUGGUAGAUCUUUUGGGUCGUGCAGGGUUGCUGGAGGAAGCACAUACACUAAUUGAAAGCUUGCCCAUCAAGAGUGACGUUACGGCAUGGCGUGCAUUGCACGUUGCUCUUGGGGAAACUGUGAAGAGAGUGUUAAUAAAACUUAAUGAUGAUCAUCCCACUAAUUCAAUGCUUCUAUCAAGUGCUUAUGCGAUUGCUGGAAGGUUGCCAGAUCAUACGAGAAGAACACAGGAAAGGGAGGAUGAAAAGAUAGUGAGAGGAGAGAAAUUCAGGCCAGUUCGAAAAGAAGAAAACCUGAUAAAGGAAGCUGGACGUAGCACAAUUGAGACGGAUACUCAAGGUUGAAAAAAUUAAAGUCAUCAAAUGACCUGGUAUAUAUUUUUGUAUUGUUUUUCGUUUGUUCGAGACCUGUGUUAUUGACUUGAUGCAACAUACCUUCAAACAAAA